AUGGACAAGAAGAGACAUGCGCGAAUCCAUGGCCUCAAGCUGUGUGAUGGCUGGGAGAAAGGACCAGGAAAGAAUACGAGCAGGACCGCGGCAAGAUUUCAGCGGUUAACUGGUCCAGCAGAAGUGACUGAUCAGAAGUACGACCCUUGGACGCUUCCAGACUCAGGAGGUCAAUUUGAUCGUGACACGACACGACUACGCAUCAAAAGAGACUGUAUACAAAUUAAAAAGGACCCCAUCGCACCCUCCCGACUAAUUAAAGACGAUUUCAUUGUGAAACGAGAGGCGCAAUCCAAAUUGAUGCUGCCGGGUUUGGGAUUUCUCUCAGUUGAUCUGCUCCAGACAUCUCUCUAUCUAGCUUUAAGUUCAGGAUGGGGCUGCCACUACCCCGUCGGAAGAAAGUCCUCCCGGGUCAUUAUUACUUUGGAGACUAGUUACAAUGGAGUAUCAUUAUGGAGUCUCCUCCUUAAUCCUGACCCACUUCUCAUCUACAGAAUAGAGAUGUAG